GUGAAAUAAAGGCGUUUUUUUACAAUUAGUAUUUGCCUGGAUUGAAUCUUAUAUGAAGAAAAUUAUUUCUCUGGCACUAUUGUUAAUUCUACGUACUAUAUUCUGAUGCAAAUGUGUUAAAAGGAGUUGAAUCCUUGUGCCAUAGUAAAUCGUAUACGGGAUAUAGCUCUAAGACUGUUUAAAGACCGCUACAACUGCUGCACACCAUGCAGGAGCAGCUAAUAGAUUUGGACCCCGUCAAUUCGACGCGUGAACGGUCUGCCUCGAACCAGAGUCGACGCACUUCGGGCGCGCACUACGAUUUCGAAAUACCAUUUUCUUCUGUCCAAGAGGAAGGAACCCCGUUCCCAACGACCAAGGCGAAAGGCGGAUGGCGUCGAGUGCUUGAACAACGAUUGCCUAUAAUCUCAUGGGCACCUCGAUACAACCGGCUGUCGGCCAUUGCUGAUCUGGUGGCUGGCAUCACGCUUGGACUGACGUUGGUGCCACAGAGCAUCGCGUACGCUGCGCUGGCGGGGUUGCCCGUGCACUAUGGACUCUACUCUUCGUUUAUGGGUACACUCCUAUACAUGUUCUUCGGGACGGUAAAGGAGGUGAGCAUCGGGCCGACGAGUCUCAUGGCGCUGUUUGUACUGCAGACCUGUCAUGGGCUGCCCAUACAGUAUGUUGUGCUGCUCGCGUUUCUGUCUGGAGCUGUGGUCAUGCUUAUGGGACUGCUGCGACUAGGGUUCCUUGUGGAUCUAAUAUCGCCUUCAGUGACAAGCGGCUUCACGUCGGGUACCGCCGUCAUCAUCGUCGUAACACAACUGAAGGGGCUGCUCGGCCUCAGCUUUUCUGCGGAGUCCAUUCCUGAGAACCUGGCCAAUAUUGUGCAGAAGUGGGGUCAGGUGCAGGUGCCUGAUGUGUUAUUGAGUAUCGUGUGCUGCACGGUGUUGCUGCUGCUUAGGAAACUCAAAGACAUCGAUGUAGGCCCAAAACGCGCCGUUCUGAAACGAGCUCUAUGGGUGACCUCCAUCAGUCGUAACGCGUUAGUGGUCACGUGCGCUGCCUUCUUCGCGUACCAUGCCUGCGACCACGACAAACCAUUCAUCAAGCUUUCUGGCAAAGUAGAACCAGGCCUGCCGCCCUUCUCACUGCCUCCAUUCAGCGUACCUCACGGCAACGGCACCACAAGCUUCAUCGAGAUGGUGCAAGAGCUAGGCUCGGCGGUCAUCAUGUUGCCGAUCGUCAUGGUCCUCGCGAACAUCGCUAUCGCGAAGGCUUUCUCAUCGGGCGGCCGCGUAGACGCAACGCAAGAAAUGCUGACACUAGGCAUAUGCAAUAUGGCGGGGUCUUUCUUACACUCCAUGCCCACCACCGGCGCCUUCACGCGGUCCGCUGUGUCGCAUUCCAGUGGCGUUCAGACGCCAGCCGCUGGACUUUACUCAGCUGUCAUCGUGCUUAUGGCGCUGCGGUUUAUGACAUACUACUUCAAGUUCAUUCCAAAAGCCUGUCUCUCGUCGGUACUCAUCUGCGCCGUCAUUUUCAUGAUUGACUAUGGCACGGUGUUGCGUUUGUGGCGCACGUGCCGCUCGGAGCUGGCGGUGCUGCUACUGACAUUCGUUGUGUGCCUUGUGGACAGCGUAGAACGCGCUGUACUAGUUGGUGUGCUGGCCGCCACCGCCGUGCUGCUGCGUGGGGUUAUGCGGCCCGCGAUUCACCGGCACACUGUGCAGGUGGGUGGCAUAGAAGCGGCGCGCGUGCGACCUACGCUGGCGCUAAUAUUCCUGAACGUAGAACACGUUACGGCCCGCGUGACCGCGGCUGCGCGGACGCGGCCUAACGCCCCGCUGUUGCUGGACUGUAGCGCGCUGUCGCUCAUCGACGACGCCUCACGACAGGCGUUGGAACGUUUAGUUAAAAAGUUCAAGAGCGUUGACCAGAAACUGGUUGCAUAUAACGCGUCUCCGGAGGUAUUAAAGAAUCUCCAACGAGUGGAAGGUUUAGAUCAACGCGCAUUAAGUUCCACCACUGCGAUGGAGGCGCUCACAGCUGUUUCCGAACCAAAUGAACACAUUGUCGAGACCACGGCGCUGCUGAAAAAGUAGCCGAUUGAAUGGAUUCUUAAUGAACGUAUAGCAUUCCGAAGGGUUGUAAUAGCUUUAAGCUUCUGUAAUAAAACCUUUGAUAUGAUGAAAAUGCGAGUUUAAAAAGUUUUAUGAACCUAUAAAGUGUGCUGUGAUUUUUAGACUUAUUAAUUACUUAAUCUUAGCAAAAUCUCAGUAUUAUACAACUGAGUGGUAAUAUAAACAAGUAUGAUAAUACUUGUAACAUGCCAAAAAUGUAUAAUACGUUUAUGCCAAUUAUGUAUGUUACGUUUUUAAGAUGUAUUGUAGGUUUAUGCGUAAAGUAUAAGAAACUUAUUUUUUAUUUGUAUAAUCUUUAAAUCACUGUAGAUACUUAUAGUGUUGUAAAUAUACAAAAUAGUAUACUAUAGUGUCCAUAGCGUUAGAAGUAAGUAAGAAAAUAACUACAUAUAUAGGAAUUGUUAAUAAAAUAUAUUAACUUCA